GGCAGUUAGUGCGUGUUAGCAACCAAGGAAGGAGCGUAGGCCGAGGUAGUUGUUGCUGCCGCAAGGAAGGAAGGGAGGAAACCGGGAGUACAGCUACACGCGAAGCCGGCAGCAAUGGGCGCCAGCGGGGAGGAAGGGGCUGACAGCGACGAGCGCUUCGACGGCAUGUUACUCGCCAUGGCCCAGCAGCACCAGGGCGGUGUGCGGGAGCUUGUGAACACCUUCUUCAGCUUCUUGAGACGCAAAACUGAUUUCUUCGUUGGUGGAGAAGAUGGUGCUGCAGAGAAGUUGAUCACAGAGACAUUCAGUCGUCACAACAAACUGGCUCAGAAAGCACAAAAAGAAAAGACAGCCCGCCAAGAGGCAGAACGGCGGGAAAAAGCAGAGCAGGCUGCUAAACUCGCCAAAGAAGCAAAGCAGGCAGAAAGCAAUGCCGAGCCAAGGAUUAAGGAGCUCACAGAUGAGGAGGCAGAAAGAUUACAACUGGAAAUUGAUCAGAAAAAAGAGAAGAAAGCAGAUGAGUCCAAGGAUGUCCCUGUAGAAACUUCUGAGCAUCCAAUGGAAUCUUCAGAGUCCAACAAACAGGAGACAGAUGAAGAGGAGGAAGACGAGAAAGAUAAAGGCAAGCUUAAGCCAAACUCUGGGAACGGGGCAGAUCUUCCAAACUAUAGGUGGACACAAACCCUCUCUGAAGUGGAUCUUGCCAUCCCGUUCAAAGUGAACUUCAGGCUGAAGGGGAAGGACAUGAUGGUGGACAUACAGCGACGGCAUCUGAAGGUGGGGCUGAAAGGCCACCCCCCCAUGAUUGAAGGAGAUUUGUACAAUGAGGUGAAGGUGGAAGAGAGCUCUUGGCUGAUUGAGGAUGGGAAAGUAGUCACCGUGCACUUGGAGAAGAUCAACAAGAUGGAAUGGUGGAACAAGUUAGUCCAAACAGACCCAGAGAUCAACACCAAGAAAAUUAACCCAGAGAAUUCCAAACUGUCAGACCUGGAUGGUGAGACUCGCAGCAUGGUGGAGAAAAUGAUGUACGAUCAGCGGCAAAAAUCAAUGGGGCUCCCUACGUCUGAUGAGCAAAAGAAACAGGAUAUACUGAAAAAAUUCAUGGAACAGCAUCCGGAAAUGGAUUUCUCAAAAGCCAAGUUCAACUGAAAUGGUUGUCCACCUUCACUUUCUUACUCCCCCCUCCCCCCCCUUUUUAAAAAAGAAAAAAUACAUAUAGCCUGAGCAGGACAGAAUGUACAGUUUGAGUCACUGUGAACACACUCAUCACUCCAAGUCAGCUUUCUGUGCAAAAAGAAAAAAAAAACCUGUACUGGUUUAUCAAUAUAGCACCUUUCCUAAGUGUCAGGUUUUUCAGCAGCAUAAUCAGUUGGCCAUCUGAAACGCAUUUUAUUUUUGUUAGGAAAGAUCAGUGGAAGAUAGUAGCAGAAAGAGGAUUCAUGAUGGAAAUUUGGGCCUCACUCAUGUAUUGGUUUCUUCGAGUUGUCAGACAGUCAUUUAAAUACUUUGGGGGGCAUCUUGAUCUCUCCCACCCUGCCCUCAAACUAAAUGGAAGGCCUCCCUUGAACACCCCAUUGUCAGUCUUGUAUUCCAGUUCCUAACCAAACAGCCCCUCCCGAAGGUUGACUUAAUAUAACAAUUUCAGGUGCACAUGCUGAUGAAGGAACCCACAAAUGGCCCCUGCUUCUUUCCACUUGUGGUGCAUGCCCUGCAACGUCCAAAGGAGAACUUGAGCAAGGGGGAUGUGCGUACCUCCCUCGGUGCAAAUUCCCAUUUGGGCAUUGCACUAGAAGCAGAAGCAGUCCUGUGACUGCUUCUCAGUCUUUUGUGUAACCCCCAAAGCUGCUUACAUGGAUGCAAAAGGAAGACUUCCUUGCAGAUAUGUUUAGAGUUCAGAAUGGAGUGUGUAAGUUAUCCAUUUAGGUCAGAGAAGAACCACAUUAAAGUCUGACAUAGUGAUACCUAUUUAUUACAAAUGGCUCGGUCUGUAAGCUGUUUCAGCCAGGCCCCCUCUCCUGUCUAAAUGAUGCAUGUUCACCACAGAUUCUUCUAGAGGCAUUGGCUGUAGUGAGAAUUCAGAUGAGUUUCUGUUACAAUACCCAUGUUGACGUGGCCUUAUGAAACAAAAAUGUAUGAAAAAGAUAAGUUGUAAGUGAUUAGUUCAGGCAAGUUGACUGUCAAUGCACCCUUUGUGGGACUUUAAUCCAGGUCAGUGUGCUGAUGUCUUGCUUAAAGCAGGCAGGUUUUCUCCUUACGAGCUCACUGGAUGGCAGGCGGAUCUCUUAGCUUGCAUUCUCCUUUCCACACUGGACAUGCCAAGCCAAGAGGCUUUGUGUUCUUUUGGCGAUUGUUGCUGAAAAGACAGCUUGUAUUCUGCAUGUAAAAUAAAAAGGAGAUGUUUUCAUGGAA